AUGGUCACUCCGCGGUUUGCUGGUCCUUUUGAGGUUUCGGAUGUAGUUGGUGAACAUUCUUAUCGAGUAGCUCUUCCAGCUAAACUAUCCGGUGUCCGUGAUGUAUUCCAUAUCUCUGUUUUGAAGAAAAACCAUGAAGAUGCUUCACAUGUUUUGAAUUGGAAAGAUUUGAAAAUUCACAAAGAUCUAUCCUAUGACGAGAGGAUGGUUAGAAUUGUUGAUGAAAAAGAACAAAUUCUUCCUGGUAGGAGCAUUCGCUUGGUGAAAGUGUUCUGGCAGUAUCAUGGGAUCGAGGAAGCAACAUGCGAGUUGGAGACUCAAGUCAUGGCUAAAUAUCCAGAUUUGUUUGUGCUUUAG